UACCAGUGCCGAGGGUUCACCACAAACUUUCUUAAGAAGAUAUCGUACUUUCGUGAAUGUCGAAGUCUGAGAGGAGACUCUAGGAUGACUUCGUUGAAAUCGCCGUACAGCAUCGAGGGAAUACUCGGGCGGACUAGCCACCCCUCCCGAGGGAGCGACGGAAGAGGGUCGGUGAUCGUCGCGGGACUUGGGUUGAUUGGGCCUGCUCCUGGGGCAAAGGAGGCGCGCUCUAUCCUCGUGCAAAAAAAUUGCGGCGGGAUGAAUAGCGAGGUGACGCCUGUCGGCAGAGCGGCGGGGAGGACGGACAAUAGCGGGGAAACUGCCGCCCUGGAUUUCUCCAUGAAAAGAAAAUCAGCAGAGGACAAGGCAGACGUACAGCAAGACUUAAACAGCAACCAUUUCUCGGAGAAAGAGAUCAAACAGGAGGACAUGGAGGGGGAGGACAGCGGGAGCGAGAGCGACUGUGGCCCGCUGGGGAGCGACCUUCCCCCGUGCGGCAGCCCAACAAGCUCCGGUCCCGCCCACGAGGACAAACUGAACGAUCUCUGUGACAGUAUCAACGGACAAGUGAAUUCUUUAGCCGGAAUUGACUUGGAAAACGGCGGGAAAAGGAAACAAAGACGUUACCGAACGACGUUCACAAGCUACCAGCUGGAAGAGUUAGAACGGGCCUUUGCCAAGACCCACUACCCCGACGUUUUCACCAGGGAGGAGCUAGCGAUGAGGGUGGAUCUAACCGAAGCAAGAGUACAGGUUUGGUUCCAGAACCGGCGGGCUAAAUGGCGGAAGCGGGAAAAGGCCCAGGCCCAGCAACAAGCUCAGAUGCAGCUGCACCACCCUGGGGGCCUCCCGGGUGUCCACCCCUACCUGGACAUGGGCUGUGCUCCCCACCACCCCGGGGAACACCCCCCGGGGGUCCCCGGACUGAGCUGCCCGCCCCUGUCCCCUCUCCCUCCCGCCCUCCACCCCGGAUCGUUCCCCCUCCACCCGGCGCUCGGCGGCGGGCUGCUCAGAACGCCGCUGGGUCCGGCGGGGUUCUCGCCGUUCCUCCGCGGCGCCGCUCCCGUGCUCCGCCCGAUGCUGCAGGUGGACGGGCUGCAGGCGCUGGCCGAGUCCGACCGUCGGGCCUCAAGUAUCGCCACUCUCCGCCUGAAGGCCAAGGAGCACUCGGCACAGAUCGAAGCGCUGGGACAACACGCUAAAACUACUCCACUCAAGGAGGUGUGCUCGUGAGGACCGGACGACUGCAGGGGCGGGCCAGUUGGUCGUUCAAAGGACGGGCGAUGGACUUAUUCUCUUCAGAGCAAAAAGAAUAGGCCAAAUACAAGGACGAAUGAUUUUCCAGAGGAGUUAGCGACUUGCCUUUUGACAACGCAGGGCGAUGCUAUGUAACUCUAUGACCAACUUAUUCCUCUGCAAAAUUAUUCGCCCUAUUUGGUCAAUUUCUUUUUCAGUGUUUAGGCGACUCAAGGGGUCUAGUAGCGACUACACAGAGAAGGCCACGUACCUUACUCCAAAAAAAUCUCCCUGUCGAAGAGCCUACCAAUGUCCCAUAUUUUGUCUCUUUCUGGAUUUCCCUCAAACCGCACCCUCCAAGUCUCGUUAGAACAUCAAUUUGCCCGCCCAAUUUUUAAGAUCUUUAACCGGCUUUGCUGCAAUGUCUUAAAAAUAUCAUGUCUGUCCAAGUCUUGUGAGUAAUUACCCCGGCCGUGGGUCUGUUGCGUUGCUGUUUGACCCAGUGUAAAGCGAGUAGAAACGUAUUGUGCAAUCUUGUUGUCGUUGUUGUUAUCUGUGAAUAUCUUAUGCCAGUCAGUUUUCGUUGAUGUUGUACCAUACAAAGAAUUACAAAAUGUAGUUACAGAACUGACAAUCUCUUUUACAUUACGUGUCAUUACGAUCUCUACAUACAUGCGUUUUCCCAUAUACACGUACUUGUGUUAUGUCAGUAGGGCAAAUGACAAAUUCUAGUCUUCAACCCCGAACCCUGCUCCUGAGAAUAAGAGGAGAUGGGGGGAUUGAACAACAAUUUGACAAACAAAAUACAAAUGUACAAAACGCACGACUGUUACUUUCUUUUACUCUAACUCUAGGAUUGGCACCUUUUUGGAACAAAUUUCCAAGUCGAAAACUUCAAGAGGCCGUUUGGGUGCACGGGCUAGGCUGUUCUAAACCGACCAAGCCAUGCCACCGUGGUCAUAUCACGUAAAAC